GUUCUUCAGUGACAGCAGCGUCACUGGUGGUGAGCGGCUUGCUCCCUUCUACAGAGCAUUACCUUACCUACGACGGUUCCCUCACUGAGCCAGCCUGCCAUGAGACCGUCACUUGGAUCAUCCCUAACAAACCUCUCUACAUCAACGUUGCUAUGAUGCGACAGCUGAGAGCCCUGAGACAAGGUAACUCCACCCUGGCCAACGCUCCCCUCUCCAACAACUUUAGACCCGUCCAGACAGCACACCACCGUACAAUACGCACCAAUAUCCACUUUACAAACAAACAGGAUGAACGCUGCAGAAUAUCAGACCCAAGGCUUGUAUAUAAAGCUGGGACGUGGCUGGGGUCAUGAUAACUUCAUUUGAGAGUCCCAAGGCUGACAGGUUCUGUAACUCAGCCCAUGACAAGAGCACCGUCCCCGUCCUUGAUACUGCUGCUGCCGCGUCCGUUCUCCCUCUUGCUGCUGCCACUGUGUCACACGUUCCUGUUGAUCCAAUUACUACAACUACAACUACUGCUACUGCUGCUUCUUCUGCUACAAUUGAUACUGUCUUGAUUGGUCCUCCUGUUUCUGAUGUUUCUGUUCCAUGAGCGUCGUGGAACAUGUACUGUACACCUCAGCGUCGUUGGAUGACCUCUGUGACCCGAUACUAGACACUGCCUCCUUCUCCUCACGUCCACAUAAUUCACCAAGUCCUGGGCAGUCAUCGUCUCUGCUUUGGUCACCUCACCUGUCUUGAGGAUCAUUAACUCUUAAUUCCCUCUCUAUUUUAACAUUAACUGAUGCUGCACUGUAUGGUGGUAUGGUAUGACCCUAACCUAACCUAACCUAACCUAACCUAACCUAACCUAACCUAA